AAGUCGCAAGUUUGUGUCUUAUCACUCCCUCCAUCCACCGCCCCCUUCUUAGCGCGUCGCAUUGCAUCUGCCUCUAUACUACGAGGGUCAACGCUGCGUCUGCAAGCCAUUCAGUCGUGAUCUGUCCUCUCGUGUACACCACUGCAAGAGUCCAACAAAGACCUUCCUUCUUCCGUUCCACAUCAUGGCUCCUCAAACUGCUACCUCCAGCAUCGCUAUGGCCCUUGCUGGCAAGACGGCCUCUGUCGAUAUCCCCAAACCUCGUUUUGGCUACCCUUCUGGUGCCCACGACCUCUCUCGUCCGGGACACCCUGCCAUGCUCCCCACGCCCCCCAACUCUAUAUCCCCAACUCUUCCGCCCCAGGGGUUCCGACGCCGUGAUGUCAACCCUGGAUCACUCUCGCCUCCUCUGGCAGCAUCCCACGUUGACUCCGAUGUUGACCUCGGGGAUGCUGCCCACCCCGACCAGCGCAACACCACCGCCCAUGACCUUGACAGUGCAGGGGCAAUCACACCAGGCAUGUUGGCGAAAUACCAUCUUCCCGAGAUUUUGCUCCAGCAUGGUCCAUUAGCCAUCCGCCACGUGAUGGGCUAUUUGACCACCUCCGUUCCGGGGUUCUCGGGGAUUCCCCCAGCGAAAGCACGGAGACUAGUCGUCGCUGCAUUGGAAGGCAAGGGAUACGAUGAUAAAGACAACAGAUCCUCGCGCGAGGUUAUCUUUGAAAAGGUUGGAUGGGGACGCUGGGAUGCACGGCAUCGUGGAGAGCCGUCGCGGGAACCGCGACCCCACGAAAUGUCACCCCCCUCCAGCCUCUCCAACUCGUACCCUCGGGGUAUGCAAAUUCCCAAGCGAGAUAGUCUGCAACCAUACGGCUCUAGUAUUGCGGGCGACUCGGCUGUUUUCUCAUACACCGAAAUGGACUACGGCCAUGACAACAUGCUAGAACAUGAAGCGGACAAGAUGUCGCUCGAUGGGGUUGAAAACGGAUACUGUUCUUCUUCGGUGGCCCCGGAUGACGAGAUUCGCGACGAAGACUGGGGCGAGGAAGACGUUACAGACGAAGAGGAUUGGGCGCAGAUAGGCGCAGCAGCCCUUCGUGCACGGUCUAUGAAUGGAGGGGGUGGCUUUGUCAACGGGAGACACCCCCCACCGCUCCAUGGCGGCGGUCCUGCCUCGUCAUCUCUCGCGAAGUCAGCACCGCGGAAAGUUCCUAUCCAGCAACUGGGGUUCUCGCUUCCGGACAGCCAGGAGCGCGCUGCCGUUGAGGCUCUUCUCCGGCUCGGCUCCACGUAAUGAUAUCUCCAUGGACAGGCGUUUUGUGGAGGGUCGAUAACCCGGGUUCACUUACAUUUUUUUUUUCAUUGCAUUCAUUUUUCAAGGCUGGACCAUUUUUCGACAUACAUAUUUACGUUCGACGAUGAUUAAUUUAUCAGAAAGAUUGCGCCCGGUAGCCAAGACAAAUUUAAUCGACU